GAGUGAGUGGGCGGGGCUGGGAUGCCACGUCAGGUUUUAAGCCAGGAGCUAACGGAUCCAGAGGAGCUGGGGAACUGUGGUGAUGGCGGCCUGCAAAUGGUUGUGGACAAACCGGUUGGGAGACGUCAUUGCCGUCCUGACAGUCUGCUCCGUGCUGCUGUUGGGUGCCGCGUCUGGGCAGCACGAAGGCUUCCACGGCCAUGCGCAUGAGGACUUACACCAUGGACACACACACGAGCAUAUCUGGCACGGCCAUGCCCACGAGGACCAUCCCCACAGCCACGGGGACGCGCGCCAUGGCCACACACACGAGCAUAUCUGGCACGGCCACACUGAUGAGGACCACCCCCAUGGUCACGCACACGAGGACUUUCACCAUGGCCACACGCAUGAACAUAUCUGGCAUGGGCAUAGCCAUGCUCACGAGGACCAUCCCCAGGGCCACGCGCAUGAGGACUUUCACCACUGGCACAGCCACGCGCACGAGGACCCCCGGCACGGCCAUGCCCACGAGGACGCCCACGGCCAUUCGCAUGAGGGUCACAUAGGUGGCCCCAGCCAAGGCCAGUCCUUCCCUGGCCAUGAAAAGGAGCCUCUCCGGAGGGAGAAGCUGGAGCCACUGCGUCUGUGGGCCUACGCCAUCGGGGCCACCCUCCUGAUCAGCGCCGCCCCCUACUUCAUCCUCUUCCUCAUCCCAGUGGAGUCCAACACGGCCCAGCACCACUCCCUCCUCAAGCUCCUGCUGAGCUUUGCCUCAGGUGGCCUCCUGGGGGAUGCCUUCCUCCACCUCAUACCACACGCCUUGGAACCCCACGCCCACCAUGGGGACGGAGACGGGCAUGGCCACCACCACCACGCCACGGGGCCUGGCCAUGGGCAUUCCCACCAGGGUCCUGAGCACCAGCACAUGAUGUCGGUCGGCCUCUGGGUCCUGGGGGGCAUCGUGGCCUUCCUGGUGGUGGAAAAGUUUGUCCGGCACGUCAAGGGGGGCCAUGGGCAUGGACAUGGCCACGGACACAGCCACGCUGCCAAGGCCAAGAGCAGCGAUGACGAGGCGGAGCGAGAGCCAGCCGCUGCCCAGAAGGGCCCAGCGGAGAAGGCAGCCUCCAAGAAGAAGGAGAAAGAGACCCCUGGGACCACCAUGCGCGUGGCCGGCUACCUGAACCUGGCGGCCGACUUCGCCCACAACUUCACGGAUGGCCUGGCGCUGGGGGCCUCCUUCCUGGCCGGGACCACGGUGGGCGCCGUCACCACCUUGACCGUCCUGCUCCACGAAGUGCCCCACGAGGUGGGAGAUUUCGCCAUCCUUGUCCAGUCCGGAUGUAGCAAGAGGAAGGCCAUGAAGCUGCAGCUGGUGACGGCGCUGGGGGCGCUGGCGGGGACAGUCUGCUCCCUGCUGGCUGAAGGGGUAGGCGAGGCGGCCACCGCCUGGAUCCUGCCCUUCACGGCCGGGGGCUUCAUCUACGUGGCCACCGUCUCGGUCAUUCCGGAGCUGCUCCAGGAUUCGGGGCCCGUUCAGUCCCUGCUGGAGGUCCUGGGGCUGAUGGGCGGCGUGGCCAUGAUGGUCUUCAUCGCCCAGUACGAGUAGCAGGGCAGAGGCGGCCGGCGGGGGGUUUCGGGGCAAUGGGUCCCCCACGGCGUUCCACAAGAGGAAGAGGAGGAGGUCUCUCGACUCCCACCAUGCUUUCCCGGAGCCUGCAAAGAGGAGGAUCCUAAACUUUGUCACCUGAAAAUCCAGAAUUUCCUGCCUCCCCGGCCAUGCUCUUCCUGGCCUCCAGAGGGCGCUGUGAGGAGCCAUAAGAAGAAGCGAGUCUGGACCUCCAGAGGGCCAACUCUACUGUCCCAUCUCCACUCCUAGAUGGAGGAUGAUGGGAAUUGCUCUACUUCAAUGGGACGCAAAAGAAAUGGGGGUUCUGGGGCAGAGGGAUGGUCUUUCCUUUGGUGUCGGGGGCCAAAGCGACCCCCUUCCGACCCCUAGUUAUGGGGCCAGGAGAAUGGGGAAAUCACCAAAUGGGACCAAAACAAGAUGGAGGGAAAUGCAGAUUUGGUGGACUAGAUUUUUCAAGUGAUGAAAUGUGAUGCUGGACAGAGAUCGAGAAGAGUGGCUUUUGCUGGCUGCCCCUCCCAGAAUCCCCCUGCCCAGUGGAUUCUAGGUGUUGUGGUCCAAAAUGAGUAACUUGUUUUGUUUUUUGCCCUAGCUCUGGAUUGGGUUAGGGGUUUAUUGGAAAUCAUGGCUCCAGAAUGUAUAUAAUGGUGGAAGGUGGGGUUGAGGUUAGUUUUUAGUUGCAGGUUUCCAAGCUUUAUGAGCUCAGGUGUUGCAGAUGGGGAUGAUAGGACCUUUGUUCCCCCUCGAACCCCAACAUGCCACCAAAAGAUAGCAAAGGGACCCCCCCUUGUUUCUGUAUGUGUCUUUUCUGCUGCUUUAAAUGUUACUCCAGAUGAAGGAAGGUGGGAGAAGAAACACUCCAUUCCUACCGCCAACCUUGCAGGGUAGGACACCUCUUCCUCUUAAUACUCUUUAAGACGCGUCAGGAGGGCUUAGUUCAUGUGUACACUUCCUUUUUAUAUGUAUAUAUUUACAUGAUUUUGGGGGGAAUCUUUUGUAGAACAUUGUAUGGGAUUAUUGAUGGUCAAGAAAUGGGUGAAAACCAGGAAAAAUAGGAAUAAAUAUGAGAAAUAAUUCACUUGCCUUCCCUUUGGAGGACAGUAGGGACCCCGGGGGCAAAGGGGGCCCUUUUGACAAUUAAACCAAAUUGCUGCCUGGAUUCUAACCCAGUUCCUUCAAUCUCGCCCUUGCUCCUGACGUUUUGGACUAUGGCUCCCAUCAUCCCCCCUAAAGUUUACUGGGGAGAAUGGGAGCCAUAGUGUGUGUGGACCAAAUAGGAGGAGGUGAAUUAAAUUUCAAUCUGGGACUGAUGCAUUUGGUUCAAAUUGAUUCUGGUUGGGUCAGCGCAGUCUGGGGGGACGGGACCCUGAGGCUUGAAUUAAUCAUUAUUUUUUCCCCAAAGGAGAUUUCUUUGUUAAUGGUGAUGAUAAUUUGGGGGUUAGGAUGCUGGUGGAGGUGGAGGGCCAUUGUAGGGGGCAGUGGUCACUUAGCCACAUAGUAACAAUAAAAGGAUUCUAGAUCCAAAGGA